AUGCCCCUGCCGGAUCUCAUAAAACGUGCAUCGAGUUACUUCCUCGGACUCGAAUUCGAUGAUAACGAACCGCUGCCGGACUACGUUGAUAAUGAAGUUUUGUUUUGUAAGAAUAACGUGUGCGUCCAUCCACCGACUGUGGCGAGGCAUGAAUUGGACGUGGUACAUCAUCCUGGCUAUUUAACUAUAACUACCAAAGUGUUUACGGACCAGCACAAUAAUUCUAAACGACCCACGCUUUUCCUUAACUGGAUCCCUAAUUCUACAUUGAGGAAAUGUCCAUCUGCUAUAGAGACGAGUCCGAGCGACGAAUUAGGUUGUGGUAUUAAACCAACUAAUCCUCAAGAUAUACCGAUUCAAAAAUCGGUGCAAGGUAAAAAUAGAAAAUAUAAUAACAAUGUUUUUUGUGACUCCUUCGAGACAACUAGCCUUAAUUCAAAUUCAGAUAAACAAAGUAUUAAAUCCAGUGACACGAGAUAUACCCAGAACGAGACGCAGGAAGAUUUAUCAUCUAGCUCUAAGCAUACCAUAAAAUCUAUGGAUUCUAGCAAGGACGAUGUAUUCGUUUCUUUAUAUAAGGACGAAUCCAAGGAUUCUAUAUGUGAAAACGAGAAACACAUACGUUCUCAAUCUAUGACAUCAAUGAAUAUAACAAUCGCGAAUCCCAACGUGGAAAAUAUCGAUUUGACGCCAGAUUCCGUCUCCGGGAGCUUCAUGAGAUCACUGUCGAUGAGUUCCUGUGAUGAAGGAAAUCCAAAUUGGAUGAGCACCCCCGAAUUCUUAGCUCUAAAACAUAACCUGGCGUUCCCAGAUAGUAUUCACAGUUCCCCCGUACCACAACGACGACAACCUUUGAAAUGUCGAAGGUUUUCCGUAGACCUAAGCCAGAUGCGUUCAUUGCGUUUAUUCUUUAACGAUGACAACUACACGUGCGGACAGUUGGUAGUCGCGUCACGGGAAAGCCAGUACAAGAUACUCCACUUCCACCACGGCGGGCUGGAUCACCUGGCUCAAGUGCUGCAUCGAUGGCAUACACUGCUGCACAAUAUUAAAUUAACACCAGGGUCUGAAGAUCCUGAAACACCGUUACGUCACUUCAUGGUGUGUCGACCAGAAGUACAGAAGUUCGAACAGCACCCAGAAGAAGAUAAAGUCCCUAAAAUAACACCUGAACUGUUCUAUGGGAAAAUAAUGAACGACAAAGGCAUCAUAGAGGAUGAUUUGUUCUUACGGAAAUGUGUCUUCUUUGGAGGUCUCGAUAAAGAAUUGAGGAGGGAGGUCUGGCGUUUUCUGCUGCACUGCUAUCCAUAUAACUCGACUUUCGAGGAAAGGGAUAUGAUAUUACAAAUAAGGACUAGGGAGUACCACGAGAUCACGAGGAGGCGUUUGGAGAAGAUGACUCCCGAACAGCACGCGGUGUUUUGGAAGACGGUGCAGAGUGUGAUAGAAAAGGAUGUUGUCAGAACUGACAGAGGAAACCCGUUCUUUGCUGGUGAAAAUAAUUAUAAUAUAGAAAUUAUGAAGAAUAUAUUACUGAACUACGCUGUGUACAACCCGGCGUUGGGAUAUUCUCAAGGCAUGAGUGAUCUGUUGGCGCCUGUUCUGUGUGAGAUCAAAUGUGAGUCGGAAGCCUUCUGGUGCUUCGUGGGUCUGAUGCAGCGAGCUAUCUUCGUGUGUACGCCUACUGACAAUGAUAUGGAUAAUAACUUGAGUUACCUCCGGGAACUGAUACGGAUAAUGUUGCCACACUUCUACAAACACCUCGAGAAACACGUUGACGCUAUGGAGCUACUGUUCUGUCACAGAUGGAUCUUACUGUGUUUCAAACGUGAGUUUACGGAGGCGGUAGCCCUACGCAUGUGGGAGGCCUGUUGGUCUAACUAUCAGACGGACUACUUCCACCUGUUCCUAUGUCUCGCCAUACUAGCGGUGUACGCUGAUGACGUCAUCGCUCAGGACCUCAACACGGACGAAAUGCUGCUACACUUUAGCUCACUGGCGAUGUAUAUGAAUGGUCGCGACAUACUCCGCAAGGCGCGCGGUCUCCUGCACCAAUUCCGUCAGCUGGUCCGCAUACCCUGCACUCUAGCCGGUAUGUGUCAACGCUGCGGCCCCGGGAUAUGGGACUCAACGCACCGCCCCAGCAUCGAAUGCACCGGAGCACACGACCUUUGCCAAUACGUAGUGCAGUGA